AGAGAGCAGGGCGCGAGGAAGUGCAGGAGGAGCGGUCGCUAGAAGAAUGCGUUGAAAGAUUUAAGUCUAAUCGUUAUUAAAUAAUGGCACGCGCUCCAUAACUGCGCAGAUUUUUAUCACACAUCACGAUUGCGCAGUUGAUUGUGGACUUUUGAGGCAAACCCAAAGACGAAAACAUGUCAAACGACGAGAAGCUUCGCUCGUUGAUGUUUACGCUCAGUUACGUGCUGAUGAAGAGGCGGCGGGACGUCACGAGCGCGGACGCUCAGCGGCGACGCGAGGUGCAGCGGCGCGUCACUCACAGACAGUAUUUCCAUCAGAAACAAAAGAGGAUGCUCAUGAUGAUGAUCGCUCAAACGUCUCGUCCAGUCAGUGACAUACCAACACGUCCUACACGUGUGUGGAGCAACAUCGAGAGCACCGAUUGGUGGGAGAGGGUGGUCAUGAGAGAGUUCCAGCCCUCCGAUUGGCUUGAGAAGUUUCGCAUGACUAAAGAGACGUUCUUUCUUCUCUGCGGUAAACUGAAGCCCCGUCUGAAUCGUCAGGACACUCGGCUCCGCCCUGCGCUGCCCCUGGAGAAGCGGGUCGCCGUGGCGUUGUGGCGCCUCGCUUCGAAUGUGGAGUACCGUACCAUUAGCACGCUGUUUGGCGUGGGACGAUCCACUGUCUGUAAGUGCGUGCGGGAUGUGUGCCACGCCAUCGUGUUGCUCCUGCGCCCACUUUACCUUCGCACACCCAGCGAGCAAGAGUUGGAGGACGCGGCACGACUGUUCGCCACCCGCUGGGGAUUCCCACACUGUGUUGGUGCGGUGGGCAGCCUCCACGUACCCAUCAUCGCACCGUCCAGCAACGCCGACAACUACUGGAACAGCCGCGGCUGGCUGUCUGUGGUCACGCAGGGCGCCGUCAACGGUCUGGGCCAGUUUUGGGACGUGUGCGCCGGGUUUCCAGGCAGCACCGAGCACUCCGCCAUCUUGCAGAACUCCACCUUGUGGGGGCGCGCUUGCGACGGUGGCUUUUUGCUGCACGACCCACCCUUGAACUUCAUGGGCCGCCCGCUGGGGUACCUGAUGCUUGGGGAUGCUGGAUACGCUCUGAAGAGCUGGUUAAUAAAGAGCUACCCAGAGUCCGGAGAGCUCACGGCAGGUCAGAGGGCCUUUAAUCGCAAACUGGAGCGGGCGCGGAGCGUUGUGGACGACGCCUUUCUGCGGCUGCGGGCGCGCUGGCAGUGCUUGUUGAAGCGUAACGAUUGCCGCAUGGACGUGGUGCCAACCAUGAUACUGGCGUGCUGCGUCCUCCACAACGUGUGCGAGGUGCACGGGGACGAGUUUGACGAGAGGUGGGAGGAGGCGGUGCGACACGAGGAGAGCCCGCAGCCUGCUGACGAGGUGUCACCCUCCGCCGAUGACCCGGAUGCAGAGGAAGUCCGAGCGCUGUUCUGUGAAUACUUUCUGCAGCAGGAGAACCAACAAAGAACGUUGGCUUGCUAAAUACUGGAGAAGCUGUUUAGAUGUAUUUCAGUGUGUCGUGUCGUAAGAAUAUUGUUGGGGGUUUGAGAAAGAUACAUAACUUAUAAAUGUGAUCAGACUUUCAACUUGUUUUUGGAACAGAAGACAGCAGCGUCUGGGAAUGUUCAAGGAGAUUUUGGGCAAAAAUGAAAAUCUGAUCAUCGUUCACUCAAGAAAAUCUGUGUGCUGUUACUUUUUGAAAAAUCUUCACAUGGCUCAUGCAUACAUUUUGUGCACAGUGAAUGCAUAUGAACCACUUACUCAUCUUAUUUAAAACAUCAGGAACAUGAUAGUUUUGUCAUGUGAUCAUUUUAAGCAUCAUGACUGCGUUCACACCAGAUGCGAAUGAAGCGAAUAAAUUGUGCUAUUUGCGUGUAGUUGGAUGUUUAAACAUUUUGAGCAUUAACUCGCUUUGUUCAGACAUGAAUACGCUCAAUUUGCCGAUUUUAGCUAUGGGUGUCCACAUACAAUAACGAGGAUUUUGUCCUCCAUUGUUGUUUCGUAUUUCUGCCUCCCUUCACUAAGUCAUAACCACGUCACUACUAGAGCAAGCUCCUGAUUGGUUAAAGUUCAGAUUUUUUAAUUUGAGUGUUUAAUUCAAAUCACGUGUUACACACGCAUAAAACACCCGAAUCGCAUUGCAGGAUGUCUAUUGCUUCUUUGCACGUUAUGCUGCGUAGCAUCACGUUCCUUACUUUAGAUUACUCGCAGUAUUUAACUUCGUGUUUUUCGACCUGCGCCACCCAAUUAGCGUCACUUGCAUUGCUUUGCAUCUAUUUGCGUCUUUGCAUUGACUUUGUAUGUAAUCUACUCACGCAAAUCGAUGAUUUCGCAUUUGGUGUGUAUGCCCAUAAAUCAUUUGCAUUUGGUGUGAACGCACCAUAAAGGGUCUAUAUGGGUCCUUAAUGAUUUAAUUUCCUGUUUUUUCUUAUUUUACAUGAGUGGCGUCCUGACUGUGCAUUGUUACACGAUGGCAUGUUUUGAUACAUGUUUUAAAACAAAACUGCUUAUUUAGUAUUAUAAACUUUAUUAUUCUUUAUUACAACUUCCAUCAUCAUCUAGACAAGUUGGGCUUUGACUUGAAAUCAGAAUCAUGUUUAUUAUGUCAUAGUCGCAUUCAUGUCAUUGAAUGUAUAAAGUAAUUUUUGUGUGUAUAUUUAAAUAAAUCCCAAAUAAAUCCAUGUUUGACCCAAACAUUUAGACUUUAUGCAGAUUUUUAUGAACUCUAUGAGGCGGUUUCCCGGACAGGGCUUAUCCUACUCCCAGACUAAAAUGCAUGUUUCAGCUGCCUUAAUGUAAAAACAUGUGUUUUGACAUAUCAUGAAAUUCUAUCUUUUUCCAUGUUUAAGUGUUUCCAAUUAAUCUAGAAAAUGUGAAAAAGAUCAACCCAGUAACUUAGUUUUGGUAAACCAUUCUCUCUGCAAGCAUGUGAAAAAAUAGGUAAUUGAAAGUUGGCUCCCCUUGUGAUGUCAGAAGGGGAUCUUAUUAUAAUAGUUCCGCCCCUUAAUCUGCACUAUCCAACCACAACACUGCCAUUUAGUGCAGAGAGAAAGAAAAUUAUUGAUAGCACAAUUGAGUUUAAAUUUCAGCAAACCACCAUUAUGGUGAUCAGUGUUUGCAUUUUCAUCAGCUCAUUUGCAUUUUAAAGGACACACCCAAAAUUUUAACAUGUUAUAAUAAAUUAUAUACAUGGUAUAUUGAGCUAAAACUUCACAUAUGCACUCUGGGGACACCAAAGAUUUAUUUUACAUGUUAAAAAAGUCUCGUGAAAUGUCCACUUUAACAUACAUCAGUGCCAUUGUUUUGUCUCAAGAUGCACACAAGUAUUGUUUUUUGUAAGGUUUGUUUGUAAAAAUGACUUAAAUGUCCUAGUCCUGGAUCAAUUUAUUAAACCCUGUCUGGGAAACGCCCCUAUUUGUUUGUGUUUAUUCAGUAUGAUCAACAUUUACUGCAGUUGUUGCAUGUUUUAAUGGACUAACAGCACGUGCCAUCUGUCGGUUAUGAAGUCUGGCAUAAGAUUAUGGUGUGGAUUAAAUCUGUUGAUUUGUUAAAAUGAAAGACGAGGGUCAUAAUAAGGUCAAGGGGCAUUAAACAUGAUGUAAUCUAUAAACAGGAGAAUAAUACAGUGAUGAGUUUAUAUGCAGUUGUACUAAUCUGUAUGUAACCUGGGACAAACAUGUUUGUUGUCACUCUUAUGAAAGUGAAAUCUGGCGGAUUAUCUGUCUGUGGAGAAAGAGAGAGAGAGACGCGCUCUUACGCGCAUGCGCACACGCUGUCGCCGCUCUUCAUCUGUAGUGAUAAUACGAAUGCAGCAGAAGUUAUCUGGAACCACACGCGCAGCAGGAGGUCAUCAUGAUACAUCCCAUCAUGAUCAGCAUCGUUGUGGUCAACACAUCCAUGACCGUCUUCUUCUGGGCCUUCAUGCUUUCAGAGGUCUUCUUUAAAGAGGCUGAAGUCGACGAACCCAAAGCCACAGCUGCGAUCAAACCAGUGUAACGUCUGGCAAACAUGUAGAGAAGACACGAGGCUUUGUAGAGCUGCAUCUUUAUUAAGUUUACUUUUAGUUUUUGGACUUUUUCUCUGUUGUUGUUUGUAAUAAAAAGCGAAAUUUUGGAAUAUUGGGCUGGAUACUUUGCUUCAGAUUUAGAGACAUUGCGGGGAAAAGCUACAGAUUACAGCGUUAACUUUAAUGAUUGGAUGUCAGGUUGUGGAUGUGAUGCUGGAUGAUGAAGAAGGGAGGAAAAUCUGACCAAACUUCUUCCAGGAUUCAUGUCCUCCAAACAUCAUGAUGGCUUAACAUUUCCUCAAAAUCACAUCUCCAUCAUCAUUAUAUCACACACUAUACUGUAAAAAGUGAAUGUUGGAUCUGCUUAAAAAAAAUACUUUAAUUGGUAACACCUUAAAAUGUAACUUUUUUAACUUUCAGAAAAUUUCAGUUGAAAAAAAUGUUUUUAGGUGUUACCAAUUGAAGUGUUUUUUUUUUAAGUUAAUCCAACUAUUUCACUUUAUACAGUGUAUAGCAUUGUUUGCAAAAUAUUUACUGUUUCAUUGUUAAAUGUUAUUAGGACAUACUCAUGCUAUAGAAAUAAUGCAGCUAUAGAUGAGAAACUUGAAUAAUAGUGUUUGUGUAAAAGUCAGGUUAUUGUGAUCUGAACCAUUAUGAUGCACUGUAAAAAAUGUUACUAAUUUUAAUGCAAAAAAUAAAAAAUGCUACAGUAAAAACCUAAAAUAACAUGACAUAUACAGUUAAAACUAAUAAUUUAACAAAACAUCUAAUUCUACGGUGAAAUCAAGUAAACGUACAGUCUGAAAGUAAAAGAUGUAAAUGACUAUAUAUAGUUCUCACAAUUCCCAGCGUUUAAUGGUAUUUCAUUUAAAUGAUUAUGUUUCCUCUUAUAUUUUUUUAUCAGUUUCAUAAAUCAGUUUUUGUUACACUUGGUGUUGUGUAAUUAAUGUUUAUAGCAUUAUUUUCAUGUCACAUGUGUUACCAUCAUGGAGUUUUCUGUGCACCAUCUCUACAUAUCUACUGUAUUUAUAACAAACUUGUGAUAAACUGUGAUUCAGCAUGUGGCUGUUCGUUUUACCACCUGUAAAAUGCCCCUGUAUUUUUUACAGUUUUUAACUGCAAAGUGUUGACAUGUUUCCUGUAUUUUUUACGGCGGUUUUCUGGUUACCACAGCUGUCAGUUUUUAACUGUAAAAAUUACAGGUUUUCUUUUUUUUACAGUGUGUCAACAAUGUGAGUCAUAUGAUCUGUGACAUUAAAAUCUUGACAUCACUCUGUGUAAGACAAACUACACAAAUGUACUGUAGGAUUAUGUAUAUAUUAGGGUGACAGUGAAGAUUUUCCUUAUUAAAUGAACAAACAGCU